AUGGUCACCUUGGUCGCUGUCAUUCACGUUUGUCUUCAGGCUCAAGAGAUUCUGGGCUUGGCUGGCGGGCUCGCAGAGGAUACUUGCGUCCCCCUCAUGCCCCCGAAGGGGUUCCAUGACGUUGGCAGCCUGGCGGAUGUGAUCUUGCCGUGCGCAAGCGAGCCCGACUUCGUCAACUACCACGAAGACGAGGAGAAGCCGAUCAACAGGACGAGGGCGAUGAAGAACGGCGAGAUCCUGAAGGCGAUCUACGGCUUGGCCCCCACGCUGAACAUUCCUGGGGCAGUCAUCAAGAUGGCCAUCACGAAGAUAGCCGAGUCCAAGAUCGAGGACAGCGAGUGGACUAUGAGCAAAGAGGAGAAGAAAGAUAUGAUCAACACCGAGGCCGAGGCCGAGGGCGAGGAGACCGAGAAGGGCUGCGACAUCGGGGCCGAGGUCAAGCAGACCAUGGCCAAGAAGACCAAGACGGGCCUCAAGGAGGACAAGAACGCGGCCAACUCGGCCUGGAUCCAGGCGCUCGAGAAGAAGGACAUAUACGAGUACAAGUGGCACGAGGACGAGAACAAGCUCGCCAGGAGGAAGGUCGGCGCGAAGUCCAAGAUCAUAGAGUACAGCUGCCAGCCUUUUCGACCAGAUGGCGCAGAUGAUCUGGAUCCCGCCGUCGUGACGUUCCCUGACGGGUCGCAGCGCGAGGUGCCGAACGUGUUGCGCGGGUCCCUCGCCGACGACAGCACCGACAAACCGAAGAAGCGGGGACCCCUAUGGGAGGAUGGGAGCCUCAGAAUCAUGAGGAGGAAGGAUCGCAACGAGAAGAUCCUGCACAAUCUGCUGGACACCAACCCAGCCCUGGACACGCCCAACGUGAUCAUGAUCAACAGCGGGUUGUUCCCGACCCCUGAGGAGAGCCUCAACUUGAUGAUCGACUUGGCGAAGCUGUACAAGUCGGGGAAGACGCGCGAGGACCUGGAUCGCGUCAAGGCCACGAAGAUCAAGCAACUCACCGAGGCUGGCAAGAAGGAGUGCGCUGUGAGGAAGCGCCCUGCCGCAGCUGCGGCUACCGAGGCCUCAACCCCCAUCACGGCGAACAUGAAGAGGCCUGCAGCUGCGACGGCUGCCGAGAAGGAGCCGACGAAGGUCCCGAAGACGAUCACCGAGCCUCAGUCGAGCAAGUUGGUGGGCCUGCAGUCGAAGCAGGACAACGAGGAUGGAGGGCAUGGUUAG